UUUACAAUAGAAAUUGAGAAUAAUAAUAUAUUAAAUUUUUUAGAUAUUUAUGAAAUUAAAUGCAAUGAAUGUGAUUUUGUAUAUAUUGGUACUUCUAAUAGAAAUUUAAAAAAUAGAGUAAAUGAGCAUAAAAAUGCUAUAAAAAAUAGUUAUAUAAAUAAAAGUGUUUACCAAAUAAACAAUUAUAUGCUACCGAAAACAUAA